AUGACCGACACACAUAAGUACCAUUUUGAUGUCAAAAUGACAUGCGGAGCUUGCUCGCGUGCGAUCGAACGUGUUCUGGGAAAGCUGGAGGGCGUCACGUCGUACACGGUCAGCCUCGAGCAGCAGAGCGUCGACGUCGAAGCUUCGGUGCCUUUUGAGACGGUGCUGGAGAAGAUCAAAAACACGGGCAAGGAAGUGCUCGGUGCGCAAGUGAUAGCCUAA